AUGGAAGGUCUCAAUGAAAGCCGUUUGGAGGGUAGAUCUGCCCUGUUGGACCUGGCCGAGCGUUUGCUCUAUCUCCCAGACGAUUUUCCGUCAGCCCACUUACAGGUAGAGGUCCCCUUGAUCAAUACCUGCUUGACGAUGGCGUCAGCUUUGGAGCACCUCCCCAACUAUGAAAACGUUGGCCUGGCCCUGUCUGUUGCUGAAAUGCAGGAGGCGGUCAUGGGCUUUGGGUUGCUGAACAAAGUGCAGGCUUUUUGCAGGCUGUCCACCUCCUUCCGUCUGUCCAAAGCGCCAACUUCCCAACCAUGCUGUGCUAUGCUGACCCUGAUCACUAGUUAG